AUGGGUGUAGGAACUGAAGAGAAGAAACCUCUUCUCGUCCAUCUUAAUGGGGAGUUGUAUGAUAUCGCAAAUUUUGCGAACAAGCAUCCUGGAGGUGCGAAGGUUCUCAAUCGACUUGCAGGAGAAGAAAUCGGCGAAUAUAUUCGAGGAGAAAAGCGAAUAAUGGGAGUUAGGCAUGAACAUUCCGAAGCGGCAUAUAAUAUGCUUGAACGAUAUAAUGUGCGAAAAAUUCAAAAAGGAGACCCUUUAAUAGACACAAAACAAGGAAUUUUGUUUAAAAUUUCUACUUUAAAAGGAGAUUAUUGGAAUUGGAUUCACCAGCCAUAUGACGGAUCUUUGAGACUAUUUGAUUCACAAUUUCUUGAAAGUUUGACAAGAACGAGCUGGUGGGUUGUCCCUGCUGUCUGGGUUCCAGCUGUUGCUCUUUUCUCUAUUUUAUCUGUAAUUUCGUUUGCCAAUACCAUGGAUCUUUACCAUGCUGUGAUAUUGUGGUCGUUUUGGUUCGUUGUCGGAAUUUUGACAUGGACUCUCACUGAAUAUUCAUUACAUCGAUGGGUUUUUCACUGGGUGCCCGACGCAGAAUCGCCAAAUCAAAUUUUACUACAUUUUCUCUUACAUGGCCUGCAUCAUAAAACUCCAAUGGACGGAGAUCGUCUAGUCUUUCCUCCGGUCCCUGCAGCCAUCAUUGUGUCAUUCUUUUAUCUGAUUUACAGUAACAUAUUCCAAUGGCCCGUUUUCUGCGCGUUCGGAAGCGGAAAACUUUUUGGAUACGUCUUGUACGAUGUUAUUCACUACUACUUGCACCAUGGAAACCCACGACCCUUAACAAAUUUGCAUUAUCGUAAGGUCUAUCAUCAUAAUCACCAUUUCAAGAACUUCGACGUUGGUUUCGGAAUCUCCACAAAUUUAUGGGACUACGUCUUUCACACACUUGGAAUGGGACCACUUUGA